UGCGGUGUGUGUUGUUAACUUCACUGCAGGCAGAGGGUACCACACUGAAGUUAGCCGCCUCACACGUGCGUUUGUUAUUUUUUCUCCAAAAAUUCUUUAGUUUUUUUUAUUCCUAAAAAAUGUCUCGAUUAAUCGUUAAAAAUCUCCCAAAAAAGAUCACUGAUCAGCGUAUCCGUGAGUUAUUUGGGCAGAAGGGAAGAAUAACUGAUGUUCAGCUAAAGUACACAAAAGAAGGCAUCUUCCGGCGAUUCUGCUUUGUGGGCUAUGAGACCGAUGAGGAGGCUCAGAAGGCUCUUUCGUAUUUCAAUGGAUCCUUUGUGGAUACAUCGAAGGUCACCGUGGAAAUCUGCGCUGCUCUCGGAGGGAUUACGAAGUCAGCAAAGCACAAUGUUAAGGUUCAAGAGGAAGAUGAUUCGCAUGAAAAGAGGAAGAAAAAGAAAAAAGCAAAUAAGGAGAAAGAAGAGGAAAUUGUUGGAGAGCACAGAGAUGAUCCUGAAUUCCAGGAAUUCCUCAAAGUUCACUCUGUUGGGAAUAAAACAGUCUGGGAUAAUGAUACGAGUAUUGCGAAUGGGGAACAACAAGCUCUCCAUAAGGAAGAGAGAAAGGAAUCUGAGAAUGAAGAGGAUGCCAGGAGUGAGGCAUCUGAGGAAGAAGCAGAACAACUGCAGGAGAAUGGAACAAAGAUAGCUGAUAAGGAUAUAAGUGAUCUGGAGUACAUGAAGAGUUUGAUGCAGAAGAAGGAUACGGAGGAUCAGAGUCAGCAGAGUCCUGAAAAAAUCCCCACCAAGAACAAGUCCACAAAGGAGAAAGACGUGAAUUUCUUCACACUGAAGGUCUUCAAUCUUCCCUACAACGUCAAGAGGAAGGACAUUAUUAAAUUCUUCAAGCCAUUGAAGCUGAAAUCCUUGAGACUUCCCGUAAAUGGACACGGGUAUUGUUAUGUUGGCUUUAAGGACAAAAAAGACUCCACAAAGGCCCUCCUGAAGCACAAAAGCUUCCUGGGAGAGCGGCAAAUCAGCGUUGUUGAUUUUACGGAGCAAAAUAAAAUAACCCUCAAGCGAAAAUUGGGAAUGGCAGAUGAAGGAAACACCGGAAGUGGUGUGAAUCCCAAAUGGCAAAAGCAGAGGGAUAGUAUUGCAAGUGAGGAAGCUAUAUCGGAAUCUGGCAAGAUCUACUUCCGCAAUCUCACGUAUUCCGUCACUGAGGAAGAUAUUCAGAAGUUGUUUGAAAAGUACGGACCAGUAGCGGAAGUAAAUCUCCCUGUGGAUGCAAAUACACGGAAAAUCAAAGGAUUCGGCACUGUUGCCUUUAUGUUUCCGGAACAUGCAAUUCUGGCUUUUAAUGAACUCGAUGGACACACAUUCCAUGGGAGGAUGCUGCACUUGCUGCCUGCAAAGGCUGACAAGGAAAAAUCCGAGGAAACCGAUGACACAAAUGCGGGAUCGUACAAGAUGAAGAAGGAGCGAGAAUUGAAGAAAACAGCUGGUCAAUCGCACAACUGGAAUACUCUCUUCCUGGGUGCUAAUGCAGUCGCCGACAUCCUGGCCAGAAAUUACGACACGACAAAGGAACACAUUCUCGAUUCCGAAGCCGGGGGCACCAGUGCUGCUGUACGUCUUGCCCUUGGAGAGACACAAAUUGUCAGUGAGCUUCGGAAGUUCCUGGAGGACAAUGGGGUACAAUUGAAGGCUUUCGAGGAGUCAAAGGGCAAGAAGAUUCGCUCAAAAACCGUUAUCCUGGCAAAAAAUCUCCCAGCUCAUACGGAUACGAAGGAACUCCAUGAGAUCUUUAGCAAGUUUGGCAUUCUCGGGCGAAUUAUCCUGCCCCCGAGUGGAGUUACAGCUCUUAUUGAAUUUGUGGAACCAUCAGAAGCAAAGAAAGCCUUCACAAAACUCGCAUAUUCCAAAUUUAAAGAUGCUCCUCUGUACCUUGAAUGGGCUCCGGAGAAUAUAUUUUUGACCGGAAAUGAGAAAUCCCGAGGAGAAGUGAAGAAAGAGGUGGAAAAAGGUGGAAAAGAGAGUCAAAAGGAGAGCCCACAGAAGGUAAAAGAUGAAGAAGAGGAAACUAAGGAAGCUGCAGAAGAGGAAGAGAGUGAAGCUGAGGAGGAUAUUGAUCCAGAACCAGACACUACGAUAUUCCUGAGGAAUUUAAACUUCAGCACAAGAGAAGAAAGUAUCAGGAAGCAUUUUGCUCGAUUGAAUCCCAUUCACAUGGUCCAGGUGGCUAUGAAGAAGGAUCCGGAAAAUCCUCAAGCAAAGGUUUCCCUUGGAUAUGGAUUUAUUCAGUUUAAGAGGAAAGCAUCAGCAGAAACUGCCCUGAAAACCAUGCAAUUCACUCAAAUUGAUGGGAAUAAGGUUGAACUGAAGAAGAGUGAUCGUGUCCUCAAAUCUCAGGUACAAUCAGUACAAUCGAGAAAUGAGAACAAGCGGCAGGACACCAAGAAGCAGACAGGAAGUAAAAUCCUCGUUAGAAAUAUCCCCUUCCAGGCAAAGGAGAAGGAAGUCCGGGAGAUUUUCAAAGCUUUCGGGGAACUUCGGUCAGUACGGCUGCCCCUGAAGGUUACUCCGGGAGAAAAGACACACCGAGGAUUUGGCUUUGUGGACUUUUUCAGUAAGAGUGAUGCAAAGAAUGCCUUCAAAAAUCUCAGCCAGAGCACACAUUUGUACGGGAGAAGAUUAGUUCUGGAGUGGGCAGCUGCUGAUGAGGAUGUCACGCAGCUACGGAAGCGGACGGCUGAUCAUUUUGUUGAUAUGAAGGGGCCCAAGAGGAGCAAGAAGAGUAUCUUCAGUGCAAAUGACCAGGAGAAAUCAUCCGCUAAGAAAAGUUAUGAGGAUUCCGAUGAAGAUGUAACGGUUGAAUUUGAAUAAAUUAUUUUUUUUCCCAUUGAGAAAUGGACCCAAA